UUAAUGGCGGUAGCGCUUGCGUGAUGCCGGUUGCAUGUUAUUAUUACUUCUGAAUUGGCGUCUUUUAUUGAAAGUUAGUGCCUCGGUUGUUUUCAGCAUCUAAUAAUCUUGCUGUGAAACGUAAAAAUGGUUGCACAGAAGAGAGGUCGUGGCGCGAAAGCUCAAGCCGCGAAAGCUAAGGCGGCAACCCAAGCGGAGGAAGUUCCUCAGCCUGAGGUGGAGUCGAUGGAAGGGACUGAAGAGAAUAACGGACAAACAGAGUCAGCGGAACAGGGCGACGAAGGCCCCGUGAAUGAGGAGACCCAAGAAACAGAAGAAAAUGACCAGAGCCAGGAGAACGCGGAAAACGAGUCCAAAUCCGAAGAACAGAAGGAAGAAAAAGUAGAAUCUGGUAAACUGUUGGUCGAGAACCUGCCAUCAAGCUUUCUUUUUGAUUAUCAAGAGAAACUAAAAGAGUUAUUCUCGAAGCAUGGAGAAGUUAUCAGUGUAAAACGUGGUCCAAUCAUUGUUACUGAACUGACCACAACUCCGACAUUAUCGGCUAUAGUCGAAUUCAAAAACAAAGAAUCUAUGGAGAAGGCGCUGUGCGAGGACGGCGCGGUGGUUGAGGGCAGCGCCAUCUCCGUGGCGGCGGAGUCUCGCGGUGAGACUGCGGUACUUGUUGGUGUACCGUACGAGGCCAGCACCGAUUACGUCCGUCUGCUGUUUGCACAGUGCGGUGAUGUCUCACAUAUACAUGAGUUCAGCAAGACUAAGUACAAAAUAUUGCGCGUGACCUUCUUUGAGAAGGAGGCUGCGGAAAAGGCACUGAAGCUGGACCGCGAGCUGCGCAUCAAUGGUUUCCUCGUCACCAUCACUAAGUUCCGGGAUGAGGAGGAGCAGAAGGCGCACGCUGCCAACUCCAACAAGAACAAGCGGCAACACUCGCAGCAGGGGGCGCAGGGGGCGCGGGGGGCGGGCGGUGCGGCGGGUGCGGGGGGUGCGGGCGCGCCCACCAGCCCCAGCGCACGCACCAACAACUACCGCACGCGCGGCGCCAACAAUAACUUCAACGCACGUGGCAACUUCAGGGGAGCGCGUGGACGCGGCUUCGGAGGCCGAGGUGGGGCGUUCCCACGCGGAGGCUUCGCCCCCGUUAAUACGUACUUACCACCACAACCCUUCAUGGGCCGUCCGGGCGGCUUCAUGAACGACGGACAGCGGCCAAACAAACGGCUGCGGCAGAUGUAACGCGGCCCGAGCUGGCCGCGUCUCGUACCCGUGUCGUGCCCGUGUCGUGCGCGUGACGUACGCCUUGUGUCGUGUGUGUGUGUGUGCGUCCUACAGACUACAGUGACAUGUCGCAGUAUCAGAUAAAUCUAGCUAAUUGUAUUUACUCUUAAGUACACCAGAUAAUGUAAUUGUAAAACUUACAGUCUUUUGACAUGUAAUAAA